AGCUGCGAAGCUCGAAAGCCUGUCACGCAAUGGCGGAGAACUCUGAGCAAGCCACCAUUGAGUUGGAGUUCGCAAAGAUUGCAGUUGACGAGUGGAUUCGACAGCUCGGCAUUUGCUACGUGCGAAAGAAAGAAGGACAUGAUCUAUUGUCAAACUAUGAUGCCCACUGCGAAGAGGCUUUGCAGGAAGCCUACCUCCCUUUGAGCAUGAUCCUAGCGCAGUUUGGGGCGCGACUUCCAAGCGUUAACAAGUUCAGAGCGGCGCUCCUGUGGCUUGAGGAGACACAUGCCCUGUUUUUGAACUCGAAAAAGAAAGAUGUGCAGGCAUGGGCGGACUUCAACGCUGGCUGCCUUCGCGCUCGGGGUGUUUACGCAAUUCGGCUUUGGCGGAAAACCCCAAAUAGAUCUAAGAGCGCGCAAGUGCAAAUGCUCAAGGACAUUCUGACAGCGCGCUGCGGGAAUGAUGUGGAUGCUGCAGAGGGCGAAGAUGCAAAUGCGUGCGCGGAGCUAUGCGAAGGUGACGCUUUCGCUGGCGAGGGUGCUGAUGAGCGUGCUGACGCGCGCAAUGAUGCUCGCGGGAGCUGCGUGGACCAAGCCACUACGCUGGUCUAUGAGGUGCAUGCGCCAGAGGACGCUGAUCUGGCAGCUGGCCAGGAUGAGAUCGUGAACAAUGAGGGCUCUGCGGCAGAGGCUGUGCACGAAACGGAGGAGCUCCCGCCGGCAGAGGUACCGGUGGAUGGUGAUGGACGCAAAGACCCUUGUGAUGCGGUACCUGCGGACCCAGACACGCCCAUCGAUGACACAUGCGUCGAGGAGGCCAGGCAGCAGAUCCAGGAGACAGCCAGCAGGGCCUGCACCAGGAUGAUGGCCGAGACCAUGGCACGGCGGAACCUGCGCAGGAGAUGCAGGAGGCCUACAUUGAGCCGACCGACCACUGCCAGUCUGAUCAUGAGUUGCUUGCCCAGCAGGCAAGUGCCUGCAAUCAGCUUUGCAAGGGUGCGCAAUACCACUUUGCAGGCCGCUGAGCCCGCCGACCGCUGCAAGUCUGAUCAUGAGUUGCUUGCCCAGCAGGCGCUUGCAAUCAGCUUUUGCAAGGGUGCCACCGCUACCACUUUGCAGGCCUACGCUGAGCCCGCCGACCACUGCAAGUCUGCCCAGCAGGCGCUUGCAAUCAGCUUUUGCAAGGGUGCCACCGCCACCACUUUGCAGGCCUACGAUGAGCCGGCCGACAACUGCAAGUCUGCCCAGCAGGCCUACGAUGAGCCGGCCGACAACUGCAAGUCUGAUCAUGAUGCACAUCCAGCUUCAGAUGCCCAGCAGGCCCACAUGGAGCCCAGUGACCACUGCAAGUUUGAUGAGUUGCCCGCCCAUGGCCAGGCCUACAACGAGCCGACCAAGCACUGCGAGUCCGAAUUGCUUGGCCAGGACCUCAAUCUGGCGAGUUCGGCUCCGUUCCGGGCGUGCGAGGCUGAUCACGCACCGCUUGUGGAUCCGAAGUUCAGACCUCUUUACACAUGCAUGCUAUCGUCCCUGACGAUUGCAAACAUCGAGCCGGCCAAAAAUCAAGACUUGCUGCAAGCUCAAAUCCAAUCGCGAGCAAAGGCAAAAGCGCAACCUGGCCGCGGUCGUGGCGGUGGUCGUGGGAGGCCCAUGAAGCGUCCAGUUUGCUUCGCCUCUGCGAAGAGUAUUCAUCGGGUCACGUUGCAGGAGGUGAUCAGGGUGUGCACCAAGGUUGCAAUUGCGCUGGACAAAGGUGACGACUUGCAGGCUGUUCUGAGGGAUUUCUUCCAAGACAGGGUCACCCUGAGGCGGUUGCAUGAGGAACGGGAACAUAAUCCCGAGUUGACCUUUACCGAGCUUAGCGUGCCGGAUGUGGACUAGCCAUGCGGCUUGAUGGGUUUUUCGCAGUUCAGGAAUUGGCCAAG